CCCCCGGUCCAUUUUAUAGUGUAGAGUGUAGACUUCCGUCUGCGUAUUUGCUGAGGAAGAAAAGCGAGGGCGAGGAAGAGCGAAGCGCCAAGGACGGCCAUGGCUCGCGGGCAGCAGAAAAUCCAGUCCCAGCAGAAGAAUGCCAAGAAGGCAGCGGAGAAGAAGAAGCAGCAGGGCGCCGAUCAGAAGACUGCAGCCAAGGCUGCGCUCGUCUACACCUGCCCUGUGUGCCGGACUCAGAUGCCAGAUCCCAAGACGUUCAAGCAGCACUUUGAGAGUAAGCACCCGAAGUCCCCCUUGCCCGCUGAGCUGGUGGAUGUUCAGGCAUGAGCAUAGUGGCAGACUUGGAUUUUGCGGCACAUGGAUAGAAGACCUGAAUUUUGACAGACGAGACUGACUUGGACCUUGGGUGGUGGGGGGUGGGACACCGUCUGGGACAUAAGCCUAUUGGGAAGGCGGUGUUGGGAUAUUGACUUUUCCCAUCUUUAUUUUGUACUCAUUUUAAUUACCUGGCCAGCCACUGUUCUCUUCUGCACCCCUUGGAUAGGUCCCACCCCUUGCCUCCCCCACACACCACAUAAAAUCUUACCUGACUUCACUUUUAUUUCCCUGAUCUGCUUCAGUGUAAUUCUAGUGCAGACAGACAGGUGGCACAGUCACACUCUAAAGCACCUCAAUAGGCAAAAUGGUUGAAAUAUUACUAUUUUUUAAUCAAAUGGCCUCUGACCUUGGGACUGUCCCCCCUCAUGUAUGUGGUUUUCUGAAUACUACACUUUUUAGAUUGGUGCUUUAUAAGACCUCCUCUGAGUGUUAAUCUCUGAUAGUACAGGUCAGAUCCACUCUGCGGUGUUGGUAUAGCAGUUGAGGUGCAGAUUGCUCAGAAUCUUGUUGGUUUAAGUGCCACAUGGGGAAUUUCUGUUGUACCCUAGACAAUGCACUUAACAUUAAACACAUGGUUGAAUAAACAGGAACAUGGCAAGUUUGGAUAAUGCUGUUUUGCUUGGCAAAUAAACAGUGAAUCAGUAGCAUAAUGAAAA